AUGUCUGAAGAAUUAAACCUUAAACAACUCAAAACAGCAGGAUUUGAUAGCAAUUUUCCUAAUAUGAAUCAGACAAAGCGUUGUUAUCAAAAUUAUAUUAAUUAUUAUAAGUGUAUUAAUAUACACAGUGAUAAUUUUAUUCUUUGUAGAGAUUUUUGGUCUACAUAUCAGAGUUUGUGUCCUAAUGAAUGGAAACAGCAAUGGGACACGCAGAGAGAAGAGGGAAAAUUUCCAGGAACACUUGAAUAA